CAGGAAGGAAGGAGGUGCCAGUCGGGCGCGGCCGCGCGGGAAGGGGACGAAUAAACCGAGUCCUCCCUCCCCGAGCGGCCCGGACGCCGCAGCCCGAGGGCCCCGCGCUCCCCGCGCACCCCGCCCCGGCCCCGCUCCGGCAGAAGGCGCGCGCGCUCGGGCGCGAGCAGGACACGGCCCCGGCUCGGCUCCGGGAGCGCGGGGGGCGGCGGCGGAGGAGGCGCCGAGGCCACACCCAGCAGCGAGCGGAUCCGGCCGCGAGUCGCCCCGCGCCCGAGCCCCGCGCACCCCCGCGGACCCGGCGCACCGAGGCCGCUCUGGCCGAGCGCGAGAGCAGCGACCAUGAUCGCUUUGUUCAACAAGCUGCUGGACUGGUUCAAGGCCCUGUUCUGGAAGGAGGAGAUGGAGCUCACGCUGGUCGGGCUGCAGUAUUCGGGCAAGACCACCUUCGUCAACGUGAUCGCGUCGGGACAGUUCAACGAGGACAUGAUCCCCACGGUGGGGUUCAACAUGCGCAAGAUCACCAAGGGGAACGUGACCAUCAAGCUCUGGGACAUCGGGGGACAGCCCCGUUUCCGCAGCAUGUGGGAGCGCUACUGCCGCGGCGUGAGCGCCAUCGUGUACAUGGUGGACGCCGCUGACCAGGAGAAGAUCGAGGCCUCCAAGAACGAGCUGCACAACCUGCUGGACAAGCCCCAGCUGCAGGGGAUCCCGGUCUUGGUCCUGGGAAACAAGCGAGACCUCCCCGGGGCGCUGGAUGAGAAGGAGCUCAUUGAGAAAAUGAAUCUAUCUGCCAUCCAGGAUCGUGAGAUCUGCUGCUACUCCAUCUCCUGCAAAGAAAAAGACAACAUCGACAUCACCCUACAGUGGCUUAUCCAACACUCGAAGUCUCGGCGGAGCUGAGAGCGCGGCCCCGCCCCUCGGACCAGCGACCCCCCUCCGGACCUGAAGCCGAGCUCCCCGCCCACCUGCUCCCCCUCCCCCAAGUCCCCCCUCGUCACUGGUGUGGGGAGGGGCCCUCCGGGCACCCGAGAGCCCUGUUCUGCUGAGGUUUGAACUCCUGUUUUUACUGUAAAAUAAAUCGCGCCCUUCUGGUCCCCUAACCGCGCCCCCCCGCCCCUGUCCC